AUAAGGUGCAGUUGCACAACAACAAAAAGUGUGAAAACCAGACAAGCUUUUCCUGUCUCAGCGUUUCCCACACUCUGCUGCCACAGCAUGCUGCACCCUCACACCCUUAAACACACACACACACACACACACUCACUUAUAGGCGCCUGUCUCAGAGGCAACAUGGAGAUGGAGGGGUUGCUGGUCCGGUCUAUUUACUACGGGAGAAUUGGAAGCGGAGCCACAGAGAGCCUGCUGGAGAGGUUUGGACACGAUGGCAGCUUUCUGCUGAGAGACAGCGAGACAGUGCACGGGGCCUACUGUCUGUGUGUGAGGAAAGCACCGUAUGUGCACACCUACAGGAUUGUUCGCUCUGCCGAGGGCUGGUGUCUUCAGGAUUCAAGAGUCAGACCGCAGAAUUUUAGGACCCUGGAAACACUGAUAGAGAGCUACAGAAGGGGUACAGGCUCAGAUGUCGGUAUAGCCCCCCUCACAAACCCACUGGACAAAACCCAGCUACAGUACACCAGCUCUAGACAAGAGAUAGUCUACAUGGAAACGUGUAGCAGCAGCAGCUAAGUCUACUGAAGACUGACAGAACGACGCCAUUAAUUAAGUGGACAGAAAAGAAGCGAGUAACAGUAUGUAGCACGCCAAGGCAUCUGUGUACUGUCUGUCAUAUUUUUGCAGUGCUUUUCUUUCUUUUUUUAAUUUAUGAUUUAGUCACUUUAGUAUAAGUUUGAAGCCAAAACUUCCCAGUCUGUGUAUUACAUUUGACAAGAUUAUCAAAAAGAAGCCACUGUAGUGCACGCAAACCUUGUCAAUUGCAAGAACACAUUUGACACCUUGAACUGUUUUUAAAUUGCAAUUCGAGUGAGUGUGGAACAUUGUUUUUUGUAGAAGAAAAAAAAGGAUGCUGUGCAAAUAUAUCACACACUAACUAUUGUGGUGGUUUUAUUUCAGAACACCUGUGGCCUUCAUAUGUGGUCCGUUGUUGGGUGUGAGAAAGGCUGUGUUUGCCUGUCAGUACAAAAAUGGUUUCCAAACUAAUGGCCUCAGUGAUAUGUCUCUGGUCACCUGUGUGUAUUAUGAUGUUUUGUGUGAUGAAAGAAAAACGGUUUUA